AUGACGGACUAUGAGCAAUGUCGCGCACAUCAACGGAGAGGCUGGAGGAAAAUCUGGCCCAGAAGAACCUCAUCUCACUCACGAGACCAAUGGAUCGGCUCUGACAAUAUUGACGCCAUCGGGAAGAAAAUUAAGGGUUUGGGAGGAAUCACUGUCUGGGAAUUCACUAAGGAAGACUUCCAGGGCACAUGCGACAGUGUUCAGCCCACGAUUCUCCACCAUGUGCUACCAAGUCCCUCCCGCUCUAGCAAGACACGAACAAAGCCAAAUGCAGAAACACCGGAUCGACCACUGAUCCGAGCGGCUGCUCCUUCUUUUGUCGCUAUUUCGGAGACUCAAACUUUCGGCACAAAUGUCCCAGCGGACUCCACUGGUGGCAGAGGGCUGGCCUCAUUUACGACCAAGUCUCAUCCUGUAGUUGUCAUCUACAAUCCAUUGGCAAAUAGAUCAAUACAAUUUUGGUCUGCAGACGUUGACGACGUCACCAAAAUGGGCGGCCGCUCACUCCAAGAGGCUCUGGGAGAUCCUGAUGUGUUCAGGGAACUACAAGAACAUCCCGAGACGUUCAGAUUUCGUGAAGAAGUGUCCCUCGAGAUCGCUGUAGAGGACGGCCCUUACUCCACCCUGGUUGAGGACACGACCUCCCCCAGCGGAAUCUCCGUCCGAGGGCCCAUGGCGCCUGUCCUGGACAUCCUUACACAGUCUCUCAACUUCACGUACACGCUGGUGCGGCCUCCCGACCGCGGCUUCGGCGUCCAGCUGCCCAACGGGUCCUGGAACGGCAUGAUCGGCCUCGUGGCCAGGAGGGAAGUGGACAUCGGCAUGAGUUGCUUCAUGAUGAACCCCGGGAGAGCCUCCGCGGUUGACUUCGCCGACACCAUAUCUUUCAUGAAGGCGAGGAUCCUGGCCGGAAAAGGAAGCCCCGAGAUGAAUCCCAUGGGCUUCCUGUACCCCCUGAGCCCCACGGUUUGGGCGGCCCUGUUUGCCAUGCUUCUGUCUGUGUGGGCGGCGACGCUUGUGCUGAGGAGUCCCGCCAGAGGUUCUCGGUGGUACUCCAGGGCGGGCCAUCUGCUCUACAGCCACUUCGGUACGCUGCUGCAGCAAGAUGUGGGCAUCAGUUUUGUCCGUGCAGUGGACCGGCUUGUUGUUGGUAGUUGGAUGCUGGUUGCCAUGGUGAUUAUUUGGGCUUACGGCUGCAACUUGGUGUCUCUUCUGGCUGCCAGAAAUAUUCCUCAGUCUAUCCAGAAUCUGCGAGACCUUGUGGACAGUGAUAUCCAGAUCUUAAUGAGACCUAGCACUGCUCUCUCCGCCUAUGUGGAACAACGUGCUGAAUUCGGCGCCAUCGAGAACCGCAUUGUUCACAUCGGCUUCUCCGACUACUUGCCCACGCUCGAGGACAUUCGUCGGGGCACCCAUGUGCACAUCACGGUGGAGAUGGUGUGCAGUAGGCUAAUGUCUCAAGAUUUCUCGAAGUCCGGCCGCUGUGACUUUUACCAGAGUCGAGACGCCUUCAUGGCCAAUCCUAUGAGCAUGGUUGUGCAGCGUGGGAGUCCUCUUUUGCAAGCCAUCAACCACAGAAUUCGCCGAGUGUUGGCUGCCGGCCUCUUCGACUACUGGGUAACCAGCUCCAUCCCCAAUGGCACGAGGUGUAGCUACGCCCCGUCUACCAUCACAGUGAUGGAACCACUCACUAUCACUGCUGUAUCGGGGAUGUUCGCAGUCUGGGCGAGCGGACUGGUGCUGUCGAUCGUCGCCUUCUGCAUGGAACUCCUCGUGGCUAACGCCCUUUCACGUCCACAGGCGGACUAA